CGCCACGGGCAGAGCCCACCCACGAGGGAGACGCAGACCCUAAGCACAACGUCGGCAAAGGGACUCAGCAACGCGUUAAAAGACCACCGCGCCCGGACGAGUCGGGCUCCUCCCAGGAACCCACAACAUGCCCUGGAAAAUCAAUCAGUGUUGUUAAUUAGCAAAGGGGACAGCCGCACCAUCUCCUCAGACGGUGCAGGAGCCCGGGUGAAAUUCAGCGUCUACUCGCAGUUACAGCGAAACGUCUCCGCGGGCUGGGGGGGCCGUGUCGGACAGACCACUCCUGGGAAACCUCAAGUGCCAGCCGUGGCCGGGCCCAGCCAGCAGAGCUCAGUGAGGAAGGGACCAACGCCGUCCCCACGGGAACGACGGAAGCAGCUGGGGACUUUGGAAGGUGGCCGUCACGAGCCAGCCAGCACACCGGCCCCCCCGCGUCUGGGCUGCAGCAGCAGUCGGCGGACACGUCCCACAGGGUGACCACAGCGAGUUCCCGGGAGAGGUGUCCAGGGCUGCAGACGCCUCAGCAGGGAAGGACCCCCCUGUGGAAGGCACCCUGGGCCUGAAACCGUGGCACGCCCCCAGGCUGGCCCCGCGGGUCCUGGCAGUUCUGGAGCUGCUGAUCACCAGGGCGGAAAGAGGAGCCAAGGGUCAGUGAAGCAGACACGCGCAGGACCCAGCAGGAAGAGCACGGCCCGGCGAGGGCUGGCGGAGGAAGGGCCUCACAGGAGCAGAACCCCACACGGUCCAGAGCUAGAGGACAAGGUGCUCAAGUCCCCGUGCAAUCAGGAAACGACCCUCUUACCACGCCUGAUGGGCAGCACUGCUACGGCUGGGCCUGGCAAGGGAACUGGAGUGGCCACAGUCGACAGCUCUUUGCCCCCAGCCGAGGGAGCUGGACCCUUGCUCCUGGUGACCCAGGGGCUGUUGUAACACUGCAUGUGACCUCAGGAGACAGGACAGGAGUGCUGUGGGCAGGAGGCAGCCGGACACCCACCACAGAGUGGGCUGCCCAACACCAUGUCCAGUUCCCACACCAACGGGGCUCUGAAAGGAAAGGCGCGUCCCUCCCCCACCCCCGCCCUCUCUCGAUAACUGAGUGUAGUCCCCCGCUGCACCCUCAGACAUCUGGGACAGAAGAGCUGGCUUGAUGACCUGGCGCUGCUCGGCUGGUUUGCUCCAAGGUGGCUCCUGGUGUAAGCUUCGGGGCAUUUUCAUAUCAUGAAGCAGAUGUGAGCGUGACGUGGUCACAAACACCUGCAUAUUGAAGUGCGCUGGCGCCAGGCCUUGGACGAGGGACGGAGGCCAGCGUAGUCACAGGAUAGGACCCCGCAUGGCCUGGAGGAAGCCCUCCAGGGUCGCCAGCCAAUCAACCAGAUCCCCCAGUGUGGCCACCCGUCUGCUGCCUCCAGGGUCGUCGCCUUGUCUGUGCAGAGUGGCCUGCUGCGCGUUCCUGUUCUGCACCCCUGAGGGAUGAGCCAGGUAAGGAUAGGAGGUUUUUUGGUGGCUACUGUGAGCCCAGAGGGCACAAGUCACCCUCGAGUAGGUGGAACACUAAUGACCACCCUGAGGCCAAGGAUCAGAGGCUGUGCAACCUGCCUAAGGCGGCUCAGGAGGGCACAGAGCUGGGAUCCGCAAGGCACAUCCCUCGUGCACCCCCUCCCCGCCUGUCCUGAUCCCUCCAGCUUUUCAUGAAAACCUGAGAGGUGCCAAGCGACAGAGGUGCCUGGGGCCCCACCCUGCCCCCUUCGUCGCCUGACUGGCAACGAGAAAUCUCCAGGAGUGCCCUGGGGACACACACAGGUGACAGUUUCAAUACAGCUGAGCAGAUGGCGCUUAGCACCCAGAGAGGGGUCAGGGAAGCAGAUGACCGAGUAAAAUUACUUAUGCAAAUACCAGACCAAGGGACGACGGCAGGGUCCCUCGUGCGGCAGGGAAGACAAGCCCGGGACACGGGAAGGCUGGCUGCCCACAGACGGGGGCAGCCGCCUGGAGCCCACGGCCGCAGCUCUCUGCUCUCAGACUCAGAGCCCCCGGGGCUGGAGCCCCUGCUGAGGUCCUGCUCUGCAUCCCUGAGUGAUGAGCCAGGAAACACAGGGAAAUGGGCCGAAAGUUCCUGCCGGAAAGCUCCCUCCCAUGGAAAGAGCGACUUUUUCAGUCAUAGUCUGGGCUAGGUGAGGAGUUGCCUGUUUGGACAGCUAGGGGGUCUGCAGGGUCCCCAGGGUGCUUGGGGACAGUGACUGCUUCUCCGAACACCUCAGCUCCUGAGGGGGACCGUGGUGUCUGACAGGAACGGGGUAAGCCUCGGAGCCCUGGACCUUGGGUGGUCACCCAAGCUUCUCUGGGAGCCCAUCUCAGCUGAGAGAUGACCCGGGGCUCAGCAGCCUGUGGCCCUCGAGGAACUUGACCUCAAAGGUAAGAUUCUGAUGCAAGCCCCACUCCCAGGCUCCAGCCAACCCUCCCUGCGCGGUCCCCAGGAAUGUUCUGGAAAGACGCUGCACUGCUUAGAGCGACGGGAUAAUGAAAACAGACAGAUGCCCGUUAGUCUCCCUGCUCUGAGAGCGCGUCCCCGCUCAGCCGCGGUCAGCAGGACUCGGGCAGGAAACCCCGGGGGCAGCGCUGGCUCCUGGAGGCCCAGCGUGCAGCCAUGGCAGGGCCUGGCCUCGCGGCGCAAAUACCAGGCCAUGCUCACGUUUGUUCACCACCUGCCCCCGGCUCCUGUCCCCGGCUCCUGUCCCCAGCUCCUGUCCCCAGCUCCUGUCCCCCGGCUCCUGCCCCCCAGCUCCUGUCCCCCGGCUCCUGUCCCCCGGCUCCUGCCCCCGGCUCCUGUCCCCCGGCUCCUGUCCCCCGGCUCCUGUCCCCGGCUCCUGCCCCCCGGCUCCUGCCUCUGGCUCCUGCCCCCUGGCUCCUGCCCCCCGGCUCCUGCUCCCUGGCCUCCCCAGUCAGGUCAAGGGAGUGCUUACCCAGCAAAGGGCCAGGAAGGACAGCUGGACGCCCCGAGGCAGGUGCUCCCAGAAUGGGAGGAGACUGGGCACACCUGCUGCUCACAGGCCAAGGCCCCCAGGGCUGCUGCAGCUGUCAGCUCAGGCCCCGAGAGGCUGCUGGGCGUGCCCAGGCCAGCAACGUGGCACAGAACAACGGGGAGGCUCUUCCUAAGUGACGUACCUGCUGCCACGUGGCCCAGCAAUCUCACAGCUACGCACACACCCCGGAGAACUGACAACGGAGCAGAAGACACACGGGCACCCACACGGGCACCCACACGGGCAUGGGAGCAGAACACAGGCUCCUACCCAUGUGGGAGUCGCAGCACUGCUUACGCCAGCCCACGGUGGCAGAAACAACACAGUGUCUGUCACCUGAAGAAUGGAUGAAGACAGUGCUGUGUACACGGCAAUGUGGGAAUUACACAUAGGCAAGCAAAUGCAACUCCAGCAGAGAGCAAGGCAGCUAGGGGACACAGCGGUCAGGAGGAUCUCACGGAGUCGCUCACACAGGUCCAGCCCGCAGAGCGCACGCGUGGCUGCCGGGACAGGGGCAGGCCACCCUGGCCCCGUCAGGGUCCUCACAGGCACAGCAGCUCUCAAAGCCAGGGCCACUGCGGAGCCCUGUGGCCUGUGGGCUCCUGCUGAGAUCUGCCCAGAUCGUCCUCAGCUUCAGAUUCUGAUCAUGGAGAACCACUGGUCCUUAACGAUGACCGCUGCUUCCCUGUUGACCACAGGGUCCCCAACCCAGAGCCACAGCCUCUUCCCAGCUGCAACGAGGCCUUGGCCUGAGGGUGGCCGUGUGCUGCCGAGAGCCACAGUGAGACAGAUUGUGACUUAACAUGUCUGCGACCCAAGACUGGCCUCCAAGAGGGACAGAAGCAGUGACCUUUAACAAGGUCAUCUGCCUCAGGCACAGCACUACAGUAGCUCAAAGCUGCCUAGUACACCUGAGAACUUAACUCAUGGGAGCACACACGUUCUCCAUGACGCUCUUCCUCCUUCAUGAAAUUAUAUUUGGAUGAAUGAAACCUUCCAAUGGAACUUCACCCAGGAGGAUGAGAGAAUGUGCAAGAAUACGUGAGACUCCACUGAGGAGAAUGGAGUGCCACUGCUCCCGCUGACCCACCCCGAGGUAAGUGGGCCCGUGUUCUUGUUUUUAACCCCUGGCUUUUCUCCCUAGCCCAUCCCCUGUCUGUGUCCACUAUCUGCCUUGACACGGCCGCUGUCUGAGGAGAGAGGAAAACUAACUCAGCGUCUCCUGAACUCACUCAAACGUCCACACAGACUCCUGUGGCCGAGCACGUAGGUCCCCACGGGUCAAGCAGAUGGGCCAUUCUGCCACAGCGGGCACCAGCCCAGGGUCCCCAAUUCACCUCAGUUCUGGAGUGAUGCCGGAUCCACAGGACGAGGCUCAGUCCCCAACACUGGCCCCUCUCCAGUCCACACAGGUCCUGGGUCCAGCUGCUCUAGAAGCCCUGAGGCCUGUCCUGUGGGACUCCAGGAGGUGUCACGAGGUAGGCAUGGCUGGACACAUCACUGUCCACUGGUGACCAGCUCGGCCUUUGGUCCUCUCCCCUCCCAGGAGGUGUGUAGGGGAUCCAGGUCUCCACCCACUUGUCCCACCUGGGUCUUUGUGGUGACCGGCCCCACCCUGAAGCCACCUGUCCCCCAGCCGGCUCACUAGCAUACACAGGACUCUCUUCCUCCUCCAUCCUGGGCGUUUCUGACUAUCAAAGUCCAAAUACAGCUCUGAAGGUGUCACCAUCCACUGUCCCCGUUGGGUGGCAGGUACUCCAGCGGUGACAGGGUCCCUCCUCGCCAACAGACGCCUGUGUCACUUCCAGCCUCUUGCCCCUCUGAACGCUGGGCCUUUCCGUGUCUGUAGUGACUGGUGUGAGCAGAGGGCGCCAGUGUCCACGGUGGCCAGAGACGGGAAGUGACCCUGGCACCCGCCAGGCCAGCAUCCCUAAGAGGCUCCGUCCAGAACUGUCUCACGGUUGGUUUAAACCAAAGUGUCCCUGAGAGGCGGGGCGGGUGCAGCCGUCAGAGCCGCAUCCAAGGACUCGGGAGUCCCAGGCCAGCAGCCCAGGCGGGGCCUCGUUUGGACGUCCAGCACCACCAGUGGCCUUAUGAGGAGGGGGAGGGCUGGACACGGACACGCCGGGGUAGAGGCCGGGACCGAGUCGCAGUCGAGGGACCUCAGGGGCUGGAAGAGGUGACAGUGCUGGUCGUGUGAGUCCCCACCAGGCCAUGCCGAGGCUUGGUCCCCGGGAGGUGGUGGGACCUUGGGGGUGGGCCUUGCGGAGGGCCCUCGGGCCAGGGGUAGGGACAUCCCCUAAAGGGGCUGUGGGACCCCCCUCCUCCUCUUUUGCCUCCGGGCUCACGCUGGGCAGGUUUGCUCUGCCCGUCCUUCUCCACACAGUGAGCUGCCCCUCGGGCCCAGAGCCAGAGGACAGGAUCCUCCCCACCGCGAGCCAAGUGACCUCUCUCUCGGUAAGUCACUUGCCCCAGGUGUUCCACUGCAGGGAGGGACGCUGGUGCCCACAGGGAGCCUCGAGGGAGCGGGUUCUCAGGUCCUGCGAGGGGCAGGCGCGUGUGGCGGCUGAGCUCAGGGCGUGAGUUUGGUGUCAGCAAUGCCCGGGCCCUGCCUCCAUCGCCGCCUUCGUCUUGUGGCCCCCGGCUGUGGCCAUGGACCGAGGACAAGGAUGACCAAGCCGGCCACCCAUCCCCGGAGCCUGCCCAGGCCCUGGGCCUGGGGUCCUCAGUGCAGAGCCGCUGCUGCCCCUCCUGCUGCUUCGACAGGCAGGUGGCGUCUCCAUCCCUGAGCUGGAGGGGACAGGGAAGGGGACAGGAAGGGGACAGGAAGGGUGGCCACGCUGCUCCUGGUUGGGCAGCUCCGUCCCCGAGGCACCUCAGCAGAUGACUAACUGCCAGGAGACGGGAGGAAAGAGCAGCCCGCUCCACGCGCCCCACACAGAGCCCGCAGGGACCUGCCACCCACAGCGCGUCACGGAAGAGGGCCUCGGAGCCCGCUGCUCUGUGCAGGGCCACCUCCUGGCGCAGAGCAGCUCCUGAGAAGGCCCUGGACGGACCCAGGGGGCAGGGCCCUGCCAGGGAAGACUGGGACUCAGUUCUGGGCUUGGGGAGGCCCCGUGUCUCCCCCAGAGAGGCCCUCUGCCAGGCUGGCCACCCAGCAGGGCCGCGGGGGCAGCAGACUUUGCCCGCACAGGGCCAGAGCCGCACAGGGUCAGAGCCAGAGACUCCAGGUCAGGAGUCCACACGCCCCAGGGUGGGAAUGGGGUUUUCCUGGGGUUUUCAAAGGGUGGAUUUAUCAUCCGCUUUUAAAAUGUAAAACUGUCACUUAUCUUGCACAGAUCCCCAAACAGCCCGCGGGUCACAUCUGGCCAACCCCUGGCCGUGAAAGGAAGGAAGAGCCAGGAGCAGGAGCAGACGUGGCAACCAGGGGCUGCCAGACAGGUGGCUUUGGGCUUCCUGGGGGGCCGAGUGAAAAGGGAAACACAACGGCCUAACCAGGGUAACACAGCACCCUGGGUGGUCUGCAGGACCCGCCCCCCUGGAGCAAGUUCAAGUUCACGCUUGCAGUGAAUGCUGGACUUUGAGAAACAGUCUGAGUGAGUGGAGGUCCACCCUGUUGGCCUGCCAGAGACGCAAGUCUCUGCACACACGCUGGGGAGUUCCAGCCAGUAUUGCAGAGCACACUCGGGGGAAAGGACUGUGGCUCAGGACAAAGUCCCCUGAGCUGACUGCACUCCUGUCCAGCCUUGCUGACCACGGAGGAGGCUGGAAUUGCAGGCCAUGUCCUCCGAGGCUCCACGAGAGCAGGCCACAGCCUCCCCUGCCAGCAGCCACAUGCUGGGGCUUGGGGAUGAAGUCACAAAACACAGUCACAAACCCAGUCCGGCUGCCUAGAGGGUUACGCGGCUCAAGAAUCCAGUGACACCAACUCAGAGACCCGCGGGCACAACUGUGGCUUAAAUCACCCCUCACCUAAACCCUGUCCCUGACCCCCUCACGCCGCACGGACACCCACCGAGUGUGCGGCCAGAACAAGGCGGUCAGAACCCCUGCAGGGGCCUGGCAGCGUCCCCAGGUCCCAUCCUUGGCCCUCUGUGAAAUGGAGCAAAUCUGCGGAGUGGCGGGUGGGGACGGCAAGCUUCAGGGCCAGGGCCAAGUCCAGCACGGGUGACCUGGCAGCCAGUGGAGCCCAGGGAGCCUCUGCUCCUGCCCACGUCUCCUCCCCUUCCUCCUGCAGACCCGGCUCGGCUGCAGGACGCCACCUUCUGCACAUGGCCCGACCCCGCGUGACGUCAGUCACUCCCAAGGGAGCGCGUGAGAGUCCCAUCGCUCGCCAUCACCACACGUGCCACAGGAGCCCCUGUCUGAGGCAGGACCGUGACUCCCCGCAAGACAAGGAAACUGAGGCAGGAGCCGCCCAGGGCCCGCCAGGGUCCGCCAGGGUCACAGCAGGAAGAGGUGACGCAGGACUGGCGCUCAGGCCCUCCCACCACCCAGGACAGCUCAGAGCCCCACGUCCCCAAGACAGCCCAGUUGUGACCGUGUGGACCACAGAGACUGCCGGAGGACACGGGUGGGGAGCUGAGGACAUGGUGGGGACAGAUGGCAGAGCCCAGCGUAAGAUCCUUUCCUGGGGACACCAUGAGACUCCAGCAGGAGGUACGGCCUGAGCCACAGGUACGCUGACCAGAGGCGGGGCUCGGGCCUGGCAGCACACUGACCUCCUGCCCACAUGGCCACACUGGGGAGAGAAUCGGGAGUGAGAUGUCACCUGCCAUCCCCCACUCAGGGAGGACACCUCAGAGCUCUGGCCCUGCCUGUCCAGGUGCCCACGUGGAGGCCCCUGGCUCAGCCUUCUGUGCUGGCCACGUGGCCUGUCAGGAAGAAGGGGGUCAGUGUGUCACUGGGGGGACAGGUGAGCCCACAGGUACUGGACAGCCCUCUGUGCCCUGGAGCCCCCUGGACUCAGGCGGAUGUGUAGCCGGCGUCUCAACACAACACAGUGGACUCCUCCUCCCUGACCAGCACCCAGGCUGUCCCAGCCCAGCAGAGGGCCCAUGACCACCAAGACGCGUAGGAAAAGACUCAGGCGUUACCCCCCCAUCUAGAGUUCCACACCUAAGACCCCCGUCUGGCCUCUUCUGGACAUGGAGACAGCCCCCGGAGCUACGUGUCAGUGUCCUGGGGUCACCAUGAAGCAGCAGCACAAACCGGGGGCUUGGAACGGGGAGUUGACUGACUUGCUAUUCAGGAGGUCGGAGCCACCCAAGGCCGGGGGAGCCGUCCCUGCGCCCUGCCAGCCCCUCCCUGGCUCCCACCCUGCUUGGGGCCUCCUCUGUGCCCUGUUCUCUCCUCCUCUGCUCAGGGUGCAGGCACCUGGGAUUUGGAGAUGCUCACAUCCAGGAGCUUCGCAAGGUCUUGACCAAUCACCUCUGCGAAGGUCCUGUCCAGGUCCCCAGGGACAGCAGUUCUGGGGGACACUGUCCAUCUCGGCCUCUGCUGCAGUCUUCAGAUGGGAGCAGACAGGCUGAGGCGCACGGAAGGCGGCGUAGAGGAGAGGACCUGAUGGCCUUUUGUAGGCGCCAUCUCCAGCAGGGUCCCCACAGCAGAGGCCCCGCUGUCCAGAGCCUCUGCUGCAUCUCCACGUCCCUCAGAGGCUCAGCAGAGCAAGGGCCCCAGCGCUGACCGUGUCACGACAGAGAAAGGCCACCUGGUCCCUGCCUGAGCGUCAGCUGUGCAGACAUCACCACCCCAGUAGCCUGUCCAUCUGGGUCAGUCCUCACCAGGAGUGGCCAGCCUUCCGUUAGCACAGCCCACGAGAUGGCCCAUGUCCCUUCUGAUGCAGCCACAAGAUACAGGGUCCCAAGACCAGGCGCAGCCUGACGAUUGGUGAGAGGACACAGAAGGAGCAAGAGCAUUCACCCUCAAGGUCACGGUGUGUCACAGGAAAAGACCCGGCUAAAGGCUGUCGGGGACAAAGAGGGGUCCUCUCUGUGCAGCUGGGACUCAGUCCCCUCCCUGCGGUGACAUGUGACAGGAAGCACAGAGGUAACUAGGGAAGUCCCAGGGUGGAGUGUCCUAUGCUGGGCUGCACCUGGCCACCGCCUGGCUCCCUUCCCAUUCCAUGCCCCUGGGCUAAUCCUCUUGGCGACUGGCCUCCCCUGGAGGCCCAGGCCAAUGGGGUGGCCCAAACCAUGGUCACAGGCACCCUUUAGACUGCCCAGUGGCCGGCCCCCUCCCAGGAGCUGGCGGCAGAGGCCAGGCCUGUCCCGGGCUGACGGCGCAGUCCUGCCUCUGAUCUCCUGGUUUUGCGGAUCGGGAGACCCAGGCCUGGGUGCCAGGGAGCCCACCAGGGUCUGAGCCGUGGGGCGACCCUCCCGCCUGCGGAGUGAGGGCUGCGGCCUCCGGGGCCUCCCUCAGCUUCCGCUGCCUCGCUCUGCGCCCCAGCAGCCUGCAUCCCAGCCGCCCAUCGGCUGAGCACAGCACCCCACCCGCACGGUUGCUAGGAGACGGUUGCCGAGAGUCACAACUCAGCUGGCAACGGAAACACCCCCGGCACGCGGCUUGCCAGCCCAUUUAGGGAGGCGCGUCUUCCUGUCCACUCCGCCUGGCCCUGACAGGCCCCUCCAGCAGGCGCUUCUACCUGCUUCCAGGUGGCACAGGAAGGGCUACCAACAGACAUGGCUCGGCCAAGUCGGCAUCGACGGUGGCACGAGGCCUGGCACCGGGACCAGGAGGCAGGGAGCCUCCUUGGGGGAGCCCAGCUCUGACUGAGGCCAGCUGGGCUCUGGGCCCCAGGGGAGCUGGCCGAGCAGCCUUCCCCCCAUCCAAUCCCCCCACCCAGGUGGCCAGCUUCGUGCACGCAGCCUGAUGCCCAUUAGGUCCAGGGAGGAGCAGGGGGCUGACGGCUCUGCUCCCCAAGCCACACCACAAUGCCCUAUAGCCCAGAGUGGGCAGCAGGACGGGGCAGAGGACGUGCGAGCAAGUCACACGUUUGUGACUUGGGUGCCCAGCCCAGGGGCUGUGGGAGCCCCCUGGCUGGUCUUGGGAUAGCUGGUGGGCCAGGCGGGGCCUAGGGGCGGGGUGGGGCCUUGUCAGGAACCUGCUCUGGGCACCGUAGUCGGCUGGUCACUGAGGUCCCAGUGUCCUCCACGGGCAGGUUUCCCCCCUCCUGAAGCUGACGUGGAGGGCCAGCAGGAAGGGGCACUGAUGGGUGUCCCACACUGCCUGGACCCUGUUGUGCAGCCCAGGCCUGGUGACGGCUUGGUUGGUGGGGCUCCAGCCACCUGUCCUUAGCCGGGUGGGGACGGGGCCCAAGAGACCUCAGGGGUGACAGUGAGCAGGAGAUGAGCCUCAGGGCUUUUACGCAGCUGCAACCUUGCGACUGUUGGUUCCUGCGCUGCCUCCUCCUCCUGACCGCUACACAUCCGCCAGGUGUGGCCCUCCAGGGGCCCUGGCUAGGAGAUAGGCUCGUUUUUGUACAGCAGGGUCCAUGGGCAAAGAAGGACCAGCCACUCCUGCUCUGCCCACUCCCUGGUUAGGUGCGGACCCGUGAGGGAGGACGGGGUCACUCGGUAGCGCGAGCCCCAUGUGCCCAGCACUGGUGAGGUGGCACAGCACAUCAACAGGAUGUGGCAGCUUAAGAGGGAGGGGUCCGCUCCCUGGAGUGGGGAGGAUGACACGGGGGGGGGGGGCAGUGAGGUGCCCAAGGUCGCCUGGCCCAGAGGAGGUGGAGCCCGCACCAGCCCCACGGGCAGGCACCCGGCGGCCACCUGUCCUGACCCCCUGAUCUCCAGGCCUUGGGCUCCACCUCCUGCUGCCUCCGCCCACCACCCAGGACCGGCUCCAGCAGUGUGUGGACGGAGGCUUUUGAGUAGCAGGUGGACAGGAGUCCCCAAGGCUCCGGCUGGGCAAACAGUCCCGCUCUGGGGCUCCAGGACGCAGCCCGACGGGCGGGGCCCUCUGCGCAGACAGGCUGUGCCCAGAGCCCGCCCACUGCUCUGCCAGGCGGAAGGGGAUUCGUGUGCAGCCUGCAGUCGAUUCCAGCCCGCAGGAAAUGCUGCCCUCGCCGAGGGCCGGUGCUGGGCUGUGGGCGCGUGCCCACUGCAGCCUGAGCUCCGAGGGAAACGCGCCCCGGGGACCCUC